AUGGCUGUGAAGGGCAAAGUGCCAACGUUGUACCUCCAGCUAUUGCUGAAGGAUGACCUCUCGGCUAGUCCUCAGCUGUUUACUUCCAUGAGCGCUUAUGAUGUAGACCUUCCAAUUCAAACAACUGAAGAUGUGUUGUUCUCUUCUCAAUUUAAUCAGCCCAAAGAGCUUCCUACAGACUUUUCCUCUGUGGAUCUCAGCUUUCUUCCAGAUAUUACCCAAGAUAACAAAGAACAAAACCUAUCUGAAGAGGGUCAUGAAAUGCAAAAAGAGCUUGAUGGGUCAGUAUCAAGGAAUGAGGACAGUGGUAUCUUCAUGGAUGAAAGCAGCUUGUCACAUCCAGAUGUGACUCGACCAUCUCCUGAAGCACCUGGUGUGUGUCCUUCUCUGACACCAAUGACUCCUAUGACCCCAGUGACACCUGCAUCAGAAAGCUCUGGCAUAGUUCCUCAGUUACAGAAUAUAGUGUCAACUGUAAACUUGGCUUGUAAACUAGAUCUGAAGAACAUAGCUCUGCAUGCCAGAAAUGCAGAGUAUAACCCAAAGAGGUUUGCUGCUGUGAUCAUGAGAAUCAGGGAACCACGAACAACAGCCCUCAUCUUUAGUUCAGGAAAGAUGGUCUGCACAGGAGCAAAGAGUGAAGAGCAAUCACGGCUCGCAGCCAGGAAGUACGCACGCGUGGUGCAGAAGCUUGGGUUCCCUGCCAAGUUCCUGGACUUCAAGAUACAGAAUAUGGUUGGGAGCUGUGAUGUGAGGUUCCCCAUCCGGCUGGAAGGCUUGGUUCUCACUCACCAGCAGUUCAGCAGCUAUGAACCUGAACUAUUUCCUGGCCUUAUUUAUAGGAUGGUCAAACCAAGGAUAGUGUUGCUUAUCUUUGUGUCGGGAAAAGUUGUACUAACUGGAGCAAAAGAGCGUUCUGAAAUCUAUGAGGCAUUUGAGAACAUUUACCCCAUUCUAAAAGGCUUCAAGAAAGCAUCAUAA